ACUCGCAUCUUAUUUUAGUGUCGAAAAAUCCGGAAAUUUAUCUGUUCGCGAUUAUUUUUUCUCCGGAAUAGACGAGAAACUUCGCUCAUUCUCGUCUCGAAAAAUCGAACCGUUUCUCGACGCAUGCGCAGCUGUAUAUAUACACCGGCUACAAGCCAGGUCAUGUCAUUAUUCCGUCAGCAAGCGAUCGUAUUAAGUUGUGGUGAGAAGAUUAUUCUAUUACAAAUAUACGUUCUAUAACAAAUAUACGCAGUUGUACUGUGGUAAUACGAUAUACACGGUUGUAUUGUGAAUUCUAUAACACGAAUUAAGAGCAAAUUUAUUCAUCGUAUUCACCUAAUAUUUAUAUCAACGUCAAAGCGAGAAAAUGUCUUUGAUCCCAUUGUUGUUGUCCGAAUGGGUGGAGGAUCUAGAUCCUUAUAGUCCGCUAGAACAAAACUUCACUCUGAGGCUACGGCCAGAACAGCUAUCGUCACCGACUAGAACUAACACUAGCCUCUAUCUGGAUUUGGCACCGCGACGACAUCCCACCCUGGAUCAGCUCAAAACUCUGGUGGAAUUAAUGCAACAACGCGAAAGCAACGGUCCAACUGUCUCUCCUCCCGUGAAUAAGGAUGACUUUCAAGUAGUAUUGGAUGUGCAGCAGUUUGAGCCGCAUGAAAUCGAGGUGAAGAUUGUGGAUAAUUUUCUCGUCAUCACAGCUAAGCAUGAGGAAAAGCGAGACGAGCAUGGUUGGGUGUCUCGUCAGUUUGUCAGGAAAUGCAAGUUGCCAGAGGACUCUAAUGUGGAACAGCUUACAUCCAAAUUGUCCUCCGAUGGUCUUCUAAUGAUUAUUGCGCCUAAGAAACGACCAUUGAAGGAAGAGACAGAGAGAACAGUCCAGAUUGAACGUACUGGGAAACCUUUCAUCAACAAACCGCGAGAAAAGAAACCCAAACAAAGCGAGGAAGAGAAGCAGACAGAGUGAAAAAUUAGCAUUUCAUUUAGGCAUAUUGCUCAUUAAAUUAUUUCUAUAUAUCUUUAAUUAUUAGGCUGCGAUCAUAUAAUAAGCUAUUUUGUUUGUAAUGUAGAUUUUUGCAACUUAAAAUGUCUAUAAUGUAUAAGCUAAAAUGGUACAGAUAAUAAUAUUAUAAUUACAUUCC